ACAACUGCCGCUCCUACAACAGCAGCAACAACCACAGCAGCACCAACGACAGCAGCGCCAGCAACUGCUGCGCCAACAAUUGCAGCACCUACCACGGAAGCACCUACCACAGCAGCCCCUACAACAGCAGCGCCAACAACUGCAGCGCCCACAACUGCAGCACCUACCACGGCAGCACCAACAACAGCAGCCACUGCAACAACAGGUCCUACAACUGCAGCACCUACCACGGCAGCACCAACAACUGCCUCACUUACAACAGCAGCACCUACCACGGCAGCACCGACGAGAGCAGCGCCAACAACUGCAGCACCUACCACGGCAGCACCAACAACAGCAGCACCUACCAGUGACGCACUAACAACAGCCGCACCAACAACAGCAGUACCUACCACAGCAGCCCCUACAUCAGAUGCACCUACAACUGCCGCACCUACAACAGCAGUACCUACCACGGCAGCACCAACGACAGCAGCCUUAACAACUACAGCGCCAACAACUUCAGCACCUACAACAGCAGCACCAACAAUAGCAGCCCCUGCAACAACAGCACCUCAAACUGCAGCACCUACAACUGCUGCACCAACAACAGCUGCACCAACGACAGCUGCACCAACAACUGCCGCACCAACAACAGCCGCACCGACAGCCGCACCAACAACUGCCGCACCAACAACAGCCGCACCAACAACUGCCGCACCAACAACUGCUGCACCAACAACAGCUGCACCAACGACAGCUGCACCAACAACUGCCGCACCAACAACUGCCGCACCAACAACUGCUGCACCAACAACAGCCGCACCAACGACAGCCGCACCAACAACUGCCGGACCAACAACAGCUGCACCGUCAACAGCAGCACCUACCACAGCAGCACCUACCAGUGACGCACUAACAACAGCAGCACCAACAACAGCCGCACCUACAACUGCCGCUCCUACAACAGCAGCAACAACCACAGCAGCACCAACGACAGCAGCGCCAACAACUGCUGCGCCAACAACUGCAGCGCCAACAACUGCAGCACCUACAACUGCCGCACCUACCA